GCAAUCGGAUAACAUUACCUUGGAUAAUCCAUGAGAGGUGGAUAUUGUAGUAUUACAUUUCAGAAUUAUAUCCACUAGUAUUGAAAUCGUAUUAACACCUGACACUUGAUUUUAUGCAUCCAGAAUGGGGUACAAAGGAUUUCUUUUCAGCGCGGCUUUUUGUCUUUGGCUUAUGGGCACCAGCAAUGGAGACGUGAGCUAUUCUAUUCCAGAGGAAAUAAAACGCGGAUAUAUUAUUGGGAAUCUGUUCAAAGAUUUGGAUUUAAAUUUUAACCGAAUUUCAAUCCGUAAAGCUCGUUUGGAUAUGGAUGGUAGUGAACAACGUUACUGUGACAUUAAUCUGGAUACCGGAGAUUUAAUUGUGGCUGAAACAAUAGACCGAGAGGAGCUGUGUGGACCAAGAGUUUCCUGUACCUUAAAAUAUGAGCUUGUGUUGGAGAACCCUUUGGAAUUACAUCGUGUUAAUGUACAAAUACAAGACAUAAAUGACAACCCACCACGUUUUCCUAAUGCACGUAUUGAUCUAGAAAUUAAUGAAUCUGCUGAUAAAGGCGCACGAUAUCCCUUGGAUGAGCCUCAUGAUUCUGACAUAGGAUUAAAUGCUGUUCAAAGUUAUUCACUGGAGAGGAAUGACUAUUUUAUUUUGGACAUUCAAACAAGCCCAGACGGAGGUAAAUACGGAGAGUUGGUGUUAGAAAAGGAGUUAGAUAGAGAACAACAACAAGAGGUGACAUUGUUACUUACGGCGUUUGAUGGUGGAACUCCACAGAGAUCUGGUACUGUAGUAAUACACGUCACUGUUCUAGAUGCUAACGAUAAUAAACCAGUGUUUAGUCAGAACGUGUAUAAAGUAAGUUUACCAGAAAACUCUCCUAAAGGGACUGUUGUAGUUGCAGUUAGUGCUAGUGAUUUAGACGAAGGAGCAAAUGGAGCCGUGACAUAUGAGUUCAGUCGUAUUUCUGAUAAAGCAACUAAAUUGCUUUCAAUAGACAAAACGACUGGAGAGAUUAAAGUGCAGGGUCUAAUCGAUUAUGAGGAAUAUAAAGAAUAUGAGGUGCGUGUCCAGGCAAAAGAUGGGUCUGGUUUAGCUGGCAAUGCAAAAGUAAUGAUAUAUAUUACUGACGUAAAUGACAAUGCACCGGUGAUAUCGAUCAAAUCUUUUAACGAUCCCAUCACAGAGAACGUGUUACCUGGCACAGAGGUGGGCAUCAUUAAUGUCCAGGAUAAAGACUCUGAGGGAAACCGACAGGUCCGCUGCUCCAUUCAACAAAACGUUCCUUUUAAACUAAACCCCUCAAUCAAAAACUAUUAUUCUCUGGUAACAACUAGUGAACUAGACCGAGAGAUAAUAUCAGAUUAUAACAUAACUAUCACUGCCACUGACGAGGGGUCUCCACCCUUAUCCUCCUCCAAGACCAUUCAUUUAUCUGUGUCAGACGUGAAUGACAACCCACCUGUGUUUGAAGAACAAUCCUACAGUGCCUAUGUGACUGAAAAUAACAAGCCAGGCUCCUCUAUGUGUUCAGUUACUGCCAGAGACCCAGACUGGAGACAGAACGGCACAGUGGUCUAUUCUCUAUUGCCCAGUGAGGUCAACGGUGUUCCGGUGUCCUCCUUUUUAUCCAUUAACGGAGACACAGGGGUUAUCCAUGCUGUGAGAGCAUUUGAUUAUGAGCAGUUUAGGAGCUUCAAAGUCCACCUUGUAGCCAGAGACAAUGGUUCACCUCCACUCAGCAGUAAUGUGACUGUGAGUGUCUUCAUAACAGAUGAGAAUGAUAACUCUCCCCAGAUAUUAUAUCCUGCUCCAGCAGGAAACUCCUUGAUGACUGAGAUGGUCCCCAAAGCUGCUCUGGCGGGUUCCCUGGUUUCCAAGGUGAUAGCUGUGGAUGCUGACUCCGGACAGAACGCGUGGCUUUCAUAUCAGAUUGUAAAAUCGACUGAUCCAGGACUUUUCACUAUUGGUCUCCACAGUGGAGAGAUCAGGGCACAGCGGGACAUUACUGAAUCUGACAGUAUGAAGCAGAACCUUGUUAUAUCAGAAGGCAUCGCCAAGUCCGGGGAGGCUGACCACGGCAUCACUUUCAACAACAACAGAGAUUCUCACAGGGUGGUAGUGAACUGGACUUGUGUCAUGGUCACUAAUGACAGUAAGGAGGCCCACUGCAACACCAUUAAGCUCUGGCCCAUCAGACUCGUCCUGAAUGAAUGA